UCGCCUCAGCUAUUCCUAAAACACGUAAGUCCUCUCUCUCUCUCUCUCGCUCUGUGUGCUUUUUCUCUCUCUAAAACUCGUACGCGUGCGUAUGUAUUUUUUGGCACCAGUUGGGUUGUGUAAUUUCUAGAAUUUUACCAAAUUUGUUCCACUUCUAGCUAGGGUUCGUCUGAGAUGGGUCGGGCUAUCCGAUACCGGAGGUCCUCACUAACUCAUUUUCAUUCGCUUUCUCAAUCUUUCGAAUCUAGGUUUUGAUUUUGCUUCGCCGUCUUUUUUUCUCAAAGCGGGCGAAGAGAACUUUUUUUUAAUGGUCUUUGGAUUGGAUUUUGGGUUUCUUGUCUACUGAAUUGUUGAAGUUUAGGCUUUUGUUGGAUUUAGGAUUGGUUCGAUUGAAAAUCGAGUGAUUUUGGGGGAGAAGACGUCACGAGAAUCGCGAACUGGAGCUGACUGAGAAAACAAAGAUUUAUAGGGGCUGCAUUUUGAAUUUGAACCAGCAAUUGGCGUUGAGUACUGAAGGAAAGAUUUGUGGAGACUGCAAUCUUGACGUGACAUAUUGUUUUACGGUUAGGUUUUUAUGCGCUCCAUCUGAAUUUGAAGUCUUGGAUUUACUUUCUUGGCUAGAAGAGAAGUUAUUGGGUUGUGUGGAGCUGUUGACGUGUGCGGAAUUCGGAAGCUAGAUCUCUUUCGCCUGCUAUCUCCGUAGACUACACAGGGCAGAGAGAAUCCAAAAAGUUCUUGAAUUGGGGGAGUCUAGGGAUAUGAUGGGUAAAACCAGGAAAGUUUCCAAGGGUAACUCGAUUGGCUUUGUGCCAGAUUAUCGGCAUGCAUUGGAAACAGUUGCUGAGUCAGAAGGUUUUGUCAGUUCGGGCCGGGCUGAUAUAGAAAUGGGUGUUUCCCAGGACCCCUGUGCUCCAAAUAGGAAGUGCAUCAGCUUGAACGUGGAUGGUUUUGAUAGGUCAGUUGUGCCGACUCAGCACCUUUCUCUGUCUAUGAUGUCACCUUUUGAGAGGAGGGAUUUACAAAUCAGGUUGAAGACCGAGCUUGAUAAAGUGUUAAAGCUUCAGAGAAAAUUAGCUUCUUUCAGUUCAAACGUUGCAGCCCUUCCACCGGCUGCUGUUGUUGAUGCUUAUGAUCAAGGGCCGAAUGGACAUGUUAUGGCAGAACCCUUGCCCCUUUCUUCAAAGAAGAAGAAAGUCCCUCCCGGAAGAAAUGGGCCCCGCACUAAAGGCGGGCCAAAUAACAGAAACGAACUUGUGAAGCAGCAGGGUCAUCCAAAGAAUACCAGCUUUGUCAUGUUGAUGAAGCAGUGUGAAACACUGUUAACUCGGCUAAUGGGGCAUCAACAAGCUUGGAUUUUUAACGAGCCAGUUGACAUUGUAAAACAUAAUAUUCCGGAUUACUUCAAUGUUAUUAAGCAUCCGAUGGAUUUAGGGACUGUGAAAAGUAAGCUACUUUCAAAUCAGUAUAGCAACCCAAUGGAUUUUGCUGCCGAUGUUAGACUCACAUUCAAAAAUGCGAUGACGUAUAACCCAGUUGGACAUGCUGUCCAUAGUAUGGCUGAUGCAAUGAGUAAAUUCUUCGAAACGAGAUGGAAACCGAUUGAGAAGAAGAUUUCGUCCAGAGUGGACGAAUCGACGAUUACAAAAUCAAGUGGCGUUGUGGAAACUGAGAGUGCUUAUUUGCAUCCAGCUAAGAAGCAGAAAACUACUUCUGUGGAAAACAAUGUCAGGCAUGAGAAAGAAAAGCGGGCGAUGAGUGAAGGUGAGAGACAGAAACUAGGUAUGGACCUGGAGGAAUAUCUGGCUGAAUUGCCAGAUAACAUAGUCAGUUUUCUGAAGGAGAGCACCUCCAAUAGUAGUCAAGUGAGUGAGGAUGAGAUUGAAAUUGAGCUGGAUACUCUAAGCGAUGAAAUUCUGUUCAAAUUGCGGAAAAUGUUGGAUGAUUUUCUUAUGGAGAGGCAGAAAAAACAAAUAAACCCAGAGACCUGUAAAAUUGAGAUGCAAAAGGAAUCAGGGUUUGACAGAUUAGCUAGCCAGCCUGGAAAAGAAAAUGCGCCUGUUGAUGAUGUGGAUAUUGGAAUAAAUGGCGCACCACCUGCAUCCAGUUCCCCCUUAAUUAAAACUCAUGAGGAUGCUGCGAGGAGGAACAAUAAAUGCAGUAGUUCAAUGGGCUCUGGUAGUGAGUCGGGCUCCUCGUCUUCUGAUACAGAAUCCGGGAGUUCUGCAUGUGAUAUAGAUGAUGACAAGAAGUCUGUUCUUGCUAGUUCUGCAACCGGAAUUGCAGAUGCUUUAGUAAAGCAGGAGCAACUAAGGGAGGACCCGAACAGUGGAGAUUCCUUGAACGGAAAUGCUGAUGAGCAAAAUACAGCAUCAAACCCUUCUUCGUCUAUUGAGCCACAUUGUCACCGAGAGGAAAGCAUGAUUGCUGGCUUUCUUCAUUGCAUUCUCGCUCCCUUGCCUGCACCUGGAGAAAAACCUGAUCCCGAGAAACUGAAGCUCGACAAAGAAGAGGUUGAAAGGCGGAGGAAAGAAGGUUUGACUUGUAUUUUUCACUUGUCUAUUUUUGUCGUGGAACUGAUGGAGAAGACUGUUGAAAUCAAUGAAAGCAGCCAAUUUAUGGAAGAUCUGGAGAUGCUAAGGUCUACACAAGACGAGCCAUUGCAAAGCUUCAUAGAGGCCGCAAGCCCUGAAAAUUCUCCAAAUGUUCUUGGUAGUUUUAAGUUCCAAGCAAGCACUAAUCCACUUGAGCAGCUUGGUUUGUAUAUGAAGAACGAUGAUGAUGAGGAAGAAGAAGAAAUCGAACCUCAGAGCAAGCUGGAUGCUUCAAAUGAUCCGGAGGAAGGAGAGAUUGAUUGA